GGUGGCCGCACUGCCUGGUCCUCUACUGUGACGGUCGAGGAUUGGAACUGCUCUGCACGCCUCUGGUACGAUGGCCAGUUCAUCCAAAACGCCCACGAGGACGCCGCCGAGGUCAUGCUGACCAAACUUCGCAACCCUGCCAUC